UUCUGUUCCCUUCGACUCCACAGGGACUCCUGGGCUGGUGUCUCGCCUCCCCCAGAGACUGGUGGUGUGGCCUUUCAUUAUCUUUCAGUUCAAAAUAGUUUCUAAUUUCCCUUGUGACUUCUUCUUUGACACAUUGCUUAUUUAGACGAGCAAGCCACCGAGUCGUUCGGUGCCUCGGUUUCCUGUUACGGGCCCUAACAGUGCCUACUUCCAGGAAACUUGUCAGGUUCCUGCCCGUCACCCUCCAAAAAAUGCUGGCAUCCUCAGCAGCCUGCAGAGGCAGGGGCUUCCCCCAGAACCACAGGCCUCGCCACCCCCUGCCCCUUCCAGCAGCCAGAGCCAGAGAAGGAGCCUGUCUGCAGGGCAGUCUGGUGGGGGAGCUGGUGGGGUGGGAGGCUGACUGCCCUCCUCCUCAGGCCUACGGCAUUGUGUGGAAGGCGGUGGAUCGGAGAACGGGAGAGGUGGUGGCCAUCAAGAAAAUCUUUGAUGCCUUUAAGGAUAAGAUGGAUGCCCAGAGAACGUUCCGGGAAAUCAUGCUGCUCCAGGAAUUUGGGGAUCAUCCCAACAUCAUCCGGCUCCUGGAUGUGAUCCAGGCAGAGAAUGACAAGGACAUUUACCUGGUGUUUGAGUCUAUGGACACUGACCUGGACGCCGUGAUCCGCAAGGGCAGACUGCUGGGGGACGUCCACAAGCGCUACAUCUUCUACCAGCUGCUGCAGGCCACCAGCUUCAUCCACUCUGGACGCGUCAUCCACCGGGACCAGAAGGUGCCGCCCACGCUCCUCCCACUCCCCACGCCCCCGUGUGCACGAACGUCCUGCAUCCUCCAGCCCAUGUCCUCUCCCCAGCCAUCCAACGUUCUCCUGGAUGCCAGCUGCCAGGUGAAGCUCUGUGACUUUGGCCUGGCCCGCUGUCUCUGUGGCCCCCGCGAAGGGCCCGAGGGCCAGGCCCUGACGGAGUACGUGGCCACACGCUGGUACCGGGCUCCAGAGGUGCUGCUGUCCUCCAGCUGGUACACCCCAGGGGUGGACAUGUGGAGCCUGGGCUGCAUUCUGGGCGAGAUGCUGCGGGGGAGGCCUCUGUUUCCCGGCACGUCCACUCUCCACCAGCUGGAGCUGGUCCUGGAUGCCGUCCCGCCCCCCUCCGAGGAGGACCUCCUCGCUCUUGGCUCAGGCUACAGUGCCUGGAUUCGGCACCACCUGGGGACCAGGCCUCGCCAGACGCUGGCGGCCCUCCUGCCCCCGGACACACCCCCGGAGGCCCUGGACCUCCUCAGGCGACUCCUGAUGUUCACCCCCGACAAGCGGCUUAGCGCAGCCCAGGCACUGCAGCACCCCUACGUGCAGAGGUUCUACUGCCCGGCCCAUGAGUGGACACUGGCGGCGGACGUGCGGCUCCCGGUGCAGGAAGGAGUCCAGCUUACGGCCGCCGAGUAUCGCGACCUCCUCUACCAGAUGAUCCUGGAGCGCAGGGGCCACAGCCUCGUCCGGAGCCAGAAAGGCCUGGGAGGCGGCCCCCCGCCCCAAGAGCGCCCACUCAAAGCCAGAGCCGCCCCGCAGCUGCCCUCGGGCAGGCCGGCGCAGAGCCCUGGACACAGGCCUCAGAAUAGCCCCGGUCACGACGCGGCGCAUGACACCCCCGGCGGAGCCCCGAACGUUCUCAGGCAGGACUCGGCUCCCCUGCUGCAGCCUUCGCCGCCAGGAGGAUCCGCGAGAGAAGGAAGAUCCCCUGGGGCGGCGGCGGAGUCGCCCUCGGCACCUCCGUGGGUGGCGCCCCGCGAGGGGGUGGCGGCGGCGCCCUCCCUGACCUCGCAGGCUGCCGCCCAGGUGGCCAUCCGGGCCCUGAUCCGGAGUGACCAGGCCCCGGGCCGUGGAGUGAGGGCGGCCGGCGCGCGACAGGUGAGCCCGCCCGCUCCGGCCCUCCGCUCUCCUCCCUUCGCUGCUUCCCGACCCCUCCGACCUCGUGCUCGCGCCGGCGGACCCUCCGCUCGGCCUGUCCAGGCCCCUGACGAGGACCUCCGACCGCGCGCAGGCCCCUCUCCUGCGUUCCCCGCAGCCCCGGCCGGGCCGCAGGAUGUUCGGCGCCUCGGCCUCGCAGGGGGCCCAGGGGGCCGCGAGGGCCGCGCUCGGAGGCUACUCCCAAGCCUAUGGCACCGUCUGCUGCUCGGCGCUGGGCCGCCCGCCCCUGCUCCCAGGGCCCCACGCCUGAGCCGCGCCAUCACCUUCUGCCCCGCCCUCGCGCCCGGCACCGCCCUCGGCCCCGCGCCCCUCCGCUCGGCCUGCGGAUUUGCCCCCGGUACCCAGAGCUCUCCGCUCCUCUUCCACUUGAUGGGUCACUUUGAGACCCAGGAAGCUUGUUCGGUCUUUUCUGGGGGAAAUGAAUACCCACCCCAGCCCCAACCACUUCCUCCAAUAAAGUCUCCUCUGUCACCAGCCCACCUGUUGUGCCCAUCUUUCAUCCUCGGUGAGGGACUUGGAGCCCACCCAGGUCCCAGGACCAUGUCCAGAAAACUGUCUGCUGUCACCCUGAGGCUCCUGUCUGCCCAGCGUCCAGCCUUUUCCCUCCAGCAGUGUGGGGGCCGAGGAGAUGCAAGGAGUACAUGGAGACCACACAUGCUGGGUCUGCACUGCACCUGACGCUGGGCAGGGCCAGAGCAUAGGGAGGAGUUCGCAGCCUAAGGGUCCUGGUUGCCUUAUGGGGGUGGGGGGCGGCCUACUAGCUGCAGGGCACGCAGCUCUCCUGUACGGGCUGCUGCCAGCGUGGGGAACAGGCAAUGGGGUGGAGGUCAAGGAAAGAGGGGGCCCAGGCCCAGGGCCUCUUUCUGCUCGGAG